GACAUGAUAACGUAACAUCAGUUUGUGUUAACGCGUUCUUGGCUGCGGCUAGUCUUUACUCCUCAUACACUUGUUUCAGACUAGAUUCGAUACUGGUGACGGCUAGUGUGUAGUUUUUGAAAAAUACAAUAUUUUUUGCAUUGUUUUUAAAUUUCUUUUUUAUAACAACAAUAUAACAAUGGCAGAAAAGCAAGUAAAAAAUAGAGUGUGUAUUAUUGGUUCAGGAAAUUGGGGUUCAGCGAUUGCUAAAAUAGUUGGUCGCAAUGCAGCAAGGCUGCCUAACUUCGAGGAUAGAGUCACGAUGUGGGUGUAUGAGGAGAUGAUUGAAGGGAAAAAGCUGACUGAAAUAAUCAAUGAAACUCAUGAGAAUGUCAAGUAUUUGCCAGGCCAUAAACUCCCGCCUAAUAUUGUUGCCAUUCCGGACGUGGUAGAUGCAGCUAAAGAUGCAGAUCUGCUCAUAUUUGUAGUGCCACACCAGUUUGUAAGGACCAUAUGUUCAACAUUGUUGGGUAAAAUUAAACCAACAGCUGCUGCACUUUCUCUUAUAAAGGGCUUCGACAUCGCAGAAGGCGGUGGCAUUGACCUUAUCUCUCACAUUAUCACAAGAUGCCUCAAGAUACCUUGUGCGGUAUUAAUGGGUGCCAACAUUGCAUCUGAAGUAGCGGAAGAGAAGUUCUGUGAGACGACUAUCGGGUGUCGCGAUGUAAUGUUAGCGCCAAUGAUGCGGGACAUCAUACAGACGGAGUACUUCCGAGUGGUCGUGGUUGAUGACGAGGACGCGGUUGAAAUAUGCGGCGCUCUUAAGAACAUAGUAGCGGUGGGCGCUGGAUUUGUGGACGGUCUGGGCUUUGGAGACAACACGAAGGCGGCCGUCAUCCGUCUCGGCCUGAUGGAGAUGAUUAAAUUCGUGGAUGUGUUCUACCCGGGCAGCAAGCUGAGCACGUUCUUUGAAUCUUGUGGCGUCGCAGACCUCAUCACUACGUGUUAUGGCGGCAGAAAUAGGAGAGUGGCGGAGGCGUUUGUGAAGACGGGCCGAUCUAUCAAAGAACUGGAAGAUGAAAUGCUGAACGGACAGAAGCUGCAAGGACCCAUCACCGCGGAGGAAGUCAAUCAUAUGCUCGCCAACAAGAAUAUGGAAAACAAAUUUCCACUUUUCACCGCUGUAUUCCGCAUCUGCAGAGGAGAACUCAAACCCAGCGACUUUAUCAACUGCAUCCGCAGCCAUCCGGAGCACAUGUAAGACCAACACUAACCGCUUCCUUCUGCAUAGCUUCUAGAAUAAUCUAGAGCGUAUAACGUAGAAUAGCAUUCAAUAACUUAUGUAAAUAACAUUGUUUAUUUAUGUACACUAUAUUUAUGUAUAUUUUACAGGGUGCUAGUACUUAGAUAACGGUUCUCACUGUAAGGUUGGAUAGUUGGUUGAUUUGAGAUGAGAUUAUAUUAGCAUUCUAUUGUACUUAGCUACAUUAAAUCGAUUGACGCUUUUUUGAACGUCGUUAAAAAAGUUUGUGGGUUAGUCCUGUUGGUCGUACUAUAAGUUCUCACUACCGAAAUGUGCCCAUAAAACAUGUUUUAUGUGAAUGUUUUGAUAAUGUGAAUUCACAGGUACAGUCUUAAAGCAUGUAUUUAUAGUAGAGUUGUAUAAAUUACUGACACCUGUUGUUCUAAUAAAGUUUAUUAUGUUGUUGCUAAUAUUGAAUAGGGGUCUUAUCUAUAUCGAUGUAUUAAUCUGUCAAAUAAGCUGACAUUUUCAUCCAGUGGGGGUCGUUAUCUGUUUUCGACGGGCGGGAUACAUUAUAAAUGAACGUUUUGAAGUGGUCCUUUAUCAGAUAGGGAAAAUAUUGAUGUUGUUAAUUGUAUUUUUGAGUAACAAAAGGUUAAAUAAUAUUCCAGUACAAAUGUUUGUAUCCUGUAGCCUCAAUGCACAUUUUCUUCUCUAUUUAUCUAUUUGCACCUUUCUUUAGUCGUUAGCU